GGCCGGAGCGUGUCGGGAGCGGGUGCCGAGGCCCGAGCCGCGGGACCCGAGCGAAGGCCGCGCUGAGGUCGCAGGGCCCCGCCGGGCCGCUUUAGCCGCCGCCAUGGGCAACGCUGGCAAAGACUGAGAGAUUAUCAUCUUCAUCCUUCAGUUCUUUGGCAGGACUUUGACUUAAGCAGUGCCAGAAGAGAGUGCCUAUCCUUAAAGAACCUUGUCAAAUUUUUAGAAGUUAUCAAACCUUUCUGUGCAGUUCUACCAGAAAUUCAGAAACCUGAAAGGAAAAUCCAGUUUAGAGAGAAGGUACUAUGGACUGCUAUAACUCUCUUCAUCUUCUUAGUAUGUUGUCAGGAACGUUAAUGGAAUUGGGUAUCUCCCCAAUUGUAACAUCUGGUUUGAUUAUGCAGUUGUUAGCUGGAGCCAAAAUCAUUGAAGUUGGAGAUACACCCAAAGAUAGAGCCCUAUUCAAUGGAGCCCAGAAACUAUUUGGUAUGAUCAUUACCAUUGGGCAAGCCAUUGUGUAUGUCAUGACGGGCAUGUAUGGGGAUCCCGCUGAAAUGGGUGCUGGAAUCUGUCUCCUUAUCAUCAUUCAGUUGUUUGUUGCUGGUUUGAUUGUGCUGCUGUUAGAUGAGCUGCUACAGAAGGGUUACGGCUUGGGGUCUGGGAUUUCCCUCUUUAUUGCCACCAACAUCUGUGAAACCAUUGUCUGGAAGGCCUUUAGUCCCACUACCAUUAACACUGGCAGAGGUACCGAGUUUGAGGGUGCAGUCAUAGCUCUCUUUCAUUUACUGGCCACCAGGACAGACAAAGUUCGAGCUCUAAGGGAGGCUUUCUAUCGUCAGAAUUUACCCAAUCUCAUGAACCUCAUUGCUACAGUUUUCGUGUUUGCUGUUGUUAUAUAUUUUCAGGGAUUUCGUGUGGACCUGCCCAUUAAGUCGGCCCGGUACCGAGGGCAGUACAGCAGCUACCCCAUCAAGCUCUUCUACACCUCCAACAUCCCCAUCAUCCUGCAGUCGGCCCUGGUGUCCAACCUGUAUGUUAUUUCCCAGAUGCUGUCAGUUCGAUUUAGUGGCAACUUUUUAGUAAAUUUACUAGGACAGUGGGCUGACGUCAGUGGGGGAGGACCUGCUCGUUCUUACCCAGUGGGGGGCCUUUGUUACUACCUUUCUCCUCCUGAGUCCAUGGGCGCCAUAUUUGAGGAUCCUGUCCAUGUGGUUGUUUAUAUCAUCUUCAUGUUGGGAUCAUGUGCAUUCUUUUCUAAGACAUGGAUAGAGGUGUCUGGUUCCUCAGCCAAAGAUGUAGCUAAACAGCUUAAAGAACAGCAAAUGGUAAUGAGAGGCCACAGGGAUACCUCUAUGGUUCAUGAGCUUAAUAGGUACAUCCCCACGGCGGCUGCGUUUGGGGGCUUGUGCAUCGGCGCCCUGUCGGUGUUGGCCGACUUCCUCGGGGCCAUUGGCUCGGGCACUGGAAUUCUGCUUGCAGUCACCAUUAUUUAUCAGUAUUUUGAAAUAUUUGUUAAGGAACAGGCUGAAGUUGGCGGGAUGGGUGCUUUGUUUUUCUAAAUGUUCCAGUAUUUUUGUGUGUGUGAAAGGGAAAAUAUUUUGACUCAUUGUUUUUGUCAGAUAAUGCUGGCUCCCCUUUUCUUCUCUCACAAUUUGUUUUCAAGUGUUGACCGUCUCAUUCCUGAAAUGGGCACGGAGCUAAGCCUGUGUGCAGCAUUAGUACCAGCUGCCUUAACAUUAAAGUUUACAUUAUUCAUUAAAAAACCUACAUGCAGUGUUGCCUGUGAUGCUGGAAACCAAUGUACCUGCCUUGCCAUGUUCGGUUGUGAUGGUGAGAUGGUGACGUGGAUCAGUUUUGCACACAACAUUCAGGACACUCAGUAUUCCCCCCACUUGUUUAAAAAUAAAUGCAGUUCAAAUUGUCACUUUCCAGUAUUUUUGAGCUUAUUUAAUGAGUUCUGGAUCAUUUAUAUCUAAUCUAUAUUUUAGAUAUAAUUACUUUUUAUACUUUUUUAACUCAUAGUAUCCACAUUCCCACCCUCCCCCAUUUUAUUUGUUCCUCCUCAAAGCAGCCACUUAGCCCAGAUGAGCAGAAUCAAGCUUUCAGAGUCAAAUCUGUCACCAGAAACAACUGCUUAUAAUUACUCUGCCUGUUUUCCAUUCCCCUUUCCUCCCAGGGACAGCACAGUCGGUGCUGUUUUACUGUAUCGGCUAUGCCUUGGAAUUCCAACACAUCACUUGAGAAUACUCUUCAAGAUACUAUGCCCCAGUUUUUUUUUUUUAAUCCCUAAAGCAAAGAUCUAAUUCUCAAGCAAUGUCUGUAGUUCAGUGGGGGUGAACAAUGAGUAAUUCAUGCUAGGAAUCUGUGUAUGUUGUUGUACUUUAUAGCAGCAACAUGAGUGUAAACAGUAGACAAUAAAAUUUUAUUUAAUAAAA